AAUCGUAUCAUUUAGUCUUUUUUUUUGUGGAUAAAGUGCUUUGCAACAGGAGUUAUGCCGCAAAAGCUACCGACCUCACUCGUCCACAUCAAAUAUCUUCAUUUACAAGGACUGUCCUUUGCGAGAGAAAUCGACUUACAUUCCGCUCUUCUUUUGGUUACAAGCUCUCCAAAUAUAGAGACAAUUAUAUUGGAGAUGCAAUAUAACCCAAACGAAGCUGUGUCACAAACUGCGAUGAACCUUAUUGAUCAGCAAGACUACUCGUAUGUUGUCUUGAAUCGUUUGCGUGUAAUAACUAUAACGAACUUCACCAACGUGAAGACUGGAAUGGAUUCUGUGAAGCUUAUUUUGGCCAAGUCACCAAUGCUCAAGAUAGUAGAUAUAAUGAUCGACAAACGGGUUGAUAUUCAUGGUGAAGUAAAGAUGCUAAAAGAAUUGCUACAAUAUCCACGGGCAUCCACUAGAGCAGAAAUCAGAUUCGAGAACCCGUAACUUUGUUAAAAAAUUAUGUCAUUUUGGGUUGUUUAUGAUUCUAGAGACUGUCUGUGAUCGGAUUUGUAAAAUCAAUGCAUUAAGUCGUAUACUUGUAAACACUUUGCAUAACUACAUGUAUUCCAACCCAAUAAAAGAAAAAUCAAUGCAACUUACAUCUAG